GGAAUAGGAGCCGGCCGCUGUUACGAGAAACGGCUGCGGAUGGCCCUCGGAAGGAUCCGUAGAACGUAGCUUCUGACGUUUUGUGCCGGAAGAAGUGGGAUUCGGACCACGUGGGUGGAAAGCUUGGAAAUCUUCGCUUUCUCUGUGGUGCUGGAGGUGGGCAAGGGAUGCUUGGUGGGAAUAGUGUCUCUAGGAAGCAAAAGACUGCACAGAUUGUAUGCAUUGGUGACUAGCCAAAAUGGAUUACAGGGAGGAAAUUAUGAGCCAGAUAGUUCCAGGACAAUUUGAUGAUGCAGACCCUUUGGACAGUGGACCUGAACAGGAUAUUAAAGCAGCUCUGGAAGAGAAGGUGGUAGUAAAAACAGAGCAGUGGCGUUCAAUUGAGGAAGCAGAUGUGGAAGAAUUUUAUGAGAGCAGUGAAGGCGAAGAAGAUGAUUGGGACUGGGAUGACGAUGCUGGAAAGGUCACCAAGCGAAACCCACUCUCUGGAGGAAGAAACCCACAGACAAAUAAACAGAUUUCUAACAGCAAUGCAGCAAAAAUGUCUACUCCGACAGACAAAGCCCUACGAAAAUUUGAAAAUAAAAUCAAUCUAGACAGACUACAUUUUGCUGACUCUGUCAUAAAUCGAGUUACAGAGAAAUCCAGGCAAAGAGAAGCAGAUUUAUAUCGGGUGAAAGAUAAGUCGGACAGAGCAACAGUAGAACAAGUUUUGGACCCAAGAACACGAAUGAUCUUAUUCAAGAUGCUAACUAGAGGCGUUAUAUCGGAAAUCAAUGGCUGCAUCAGCACAGGCAAAGAGGCUAAUGUAUAUCAUGCCAGCACUGCAAAUGGGGAGAGCAGAGCCAUAAAGAUUUAUAAGACAUCAAUUUUGAUGUUUAAAGACCGGGAUAAAUAUGUGAGUGGAGAAUUCAGGUUUCGCCAUGGAUACUGUAAAGGAAACCCAAGAAAAAUGGUCAGGACCUGGGCAGAGAAAGAAAUGAGGAAUUUAACAAGGUUGCACACAGCACAAAUCCCAUGUCCAGAACCCAUUAUGCUAAGAAGUCAUGUUCUUCUUAUGGGUUUUAUUGGCAAAAAUGACACGCCUGCUCCUUUGUUGAAAAAUGCCCAGUUAUCGGAAUCAAAAGCUCGGGAGUUGUAUCUACAAGUCAUCCAGUACAUGAGAAGAAUGUAUCAAGAUGCCAAGCUUGUUCAUGCAGAUCUCAGUGAAUUCAAUAUGCUGUAUCACAGUGGAGAAGUAUAUAUCAUAGAUGUAUCCCAAUCUGUUGAACAUGAUCACCCACAUGCUUUAGAAUUCCUGCGGAAAGAUUGUGCCAAUAUCAAUGAUUUUUUCCGAAAAUACAAUGUUGCUGUGAUGACAGUGAGAGAACUCUUUGAGUUUGUUACAGAUCCAUCUAUUACAAGUGAGAACAUGGAUGCUUAUCUGGAAAAGGCAAUGGAAAUAUCAUCGGAGAGAACAGAGGAAGAGCGGUCCAAUCAAGAUAAUGUGGAUGAAGAGGUAUUCAAGAAAGCAUAUAUCCCUAGAACUCUGAAUGAAGUAAAGAACUAUGAGAGGGAUGUGGAGAUAAUGUUGAAGUUGAAAGAAGAAGACACAGCUUUAAAUGUGCAGCAAGAUAACAUUCUCUAUCAAACGGUGACAGGGUUAAAGAAGGAUUUAUCUGGUGUUCAGAAGGUGCCUGCUCUUCUUGAAAAUAAAGGUGAGGCAGAGUCUGAUUCUGAGGAUGACAAUGACAGUUCUGCCAACUCUGAAUCUGAUUGCAAAGGACAGGAAGCAUCAGUGCAUCCUAAAGACCAACCUCGUGAACCUGAUGUGGAUAAAAAGGAAAGAAAGAAGAUGACCAAAGAGGCUCAGAGGGAGAAGAGAAAACACAAGACUCCAAAGCAUGUGAAGAAGCGAAAAGAGAAGACUGCAAAGUUGAAAAAGGGCAAAUAAAUUAUGUUUGUCAAGAUGCAACAUUAGCCAUUCCUGACUGGAUGGAUGCAUAUUUUGGUUGCAAAGUACUCCACACACGCACAAACCAUGUAUUAUCUUGGUGGCUAUUGAAGGAACUUUGUGGCAAAGCUCACUCUUUUACCAGUGGGAAAGCGUGACUGAUGUGUUUUUCAUACCUGUGUAUACAGACUACAAGGAUGUAUUCUUUGGAGAAAUAAAAAGAAAUGGGCAUUUGGAAGACCAGAGAAAAAUGUACAGUUGUGUAUAUCAUACAUUUUAGUAGAGUGAGCAUCCUCAGUGAUGCCAAAUUUCUAACAAUGUUUAAUGUGGGAAUACAAACAUGCAGAUUUACAUAUGUACAUGAGGAUGUGAAAUGAACUGUCUUGAGUUAAACCGUCCACGAAUUUGAAGUACUAUUCAAAUUCCCUGUGCAAGGGAACUUCUUUUUGGUUUACUUGCAUACUUGUAGGUACCACCCAUGUGACCGGAGACCCUAUUUUAUUGAGAUUAAUAUGAAUAGACCAUCUCAAAGAAGGUGGCCUAUCCAUAUUAAAGAGGGGUUUUUGGGAAAUACAAUGCUUGUUUUCCAUUUCACUGCGACACUGGCAGGUUAGACUUAAGAGAGUUCUGUGUCAGUUCCACUAUUUUUGCUCCUCCUUCUAUAUCAACAUAUUUUGUUGGAAUACGCAUUUGAUUUAAAUGAGAAAGACUGAGGAUCUGCAGUAUCAAUAACUCCCAUCUUUUUGCUUCCAUCCAUACAAUUCUCAAACAUUAAAUUGAGGUCAAAGAUGGUACUUAUUUGGGUUGUAUUCCUACAGCUGUUUGUUAACUUGAGUCUAAUAUGCUGUUUCUGGUCUGGUAAAAUUGUAUAAAUUACAGAUAAAUGGCACGUACAUGUAAUUAAGGAGCAGCGGUUUUCUAAGAGGUUGGCAAGAUAGUGCUAUACUCUGUGAAUUGUGUGUAAAAUAAACAAAAUGCAUUCUG